AUGCUCAUCUCUUCCGUGGCAGUGUGGAGCAUUUUGCCGUCGGUGUUGGCGCCCAUCAUCCAGUGGAUCUACGAGAAAAUGAAGUAUCCGGUGGGCGAGCGACCGACAAUCAAAAGCAAGCAGAACCUGCGACAACGCAUCAUUUUGACCAUUGGCAUCUUUUUGCUGGCGUUCCGGGUGGCUCAGGGCUACUACGAUGUCACUAAAGACAACUCGGACCUUUCGUACCAACAGAGUCACUACCAUGCUCUGAAUCUGACCUCCACGGCCCUGCCCCGUGAUAUUCGUCGACAGUACAAGAAGUUGUCUGUGACCAACCACCCCGACAAGGCCCGAAGCCUUGGAAAAGACCCCAAGCAGGCCGAAGACGACUUCAUCGAGCUCAAGACCUCGUACGAGAUUCUCAGCGACCCCAAACUCAAGUUUGGCUACGACCGAUUCGGACCCACGUUCGUCGACAAGAUCAAGCAGCUCAUCAAACAACAGGAGGAGGGCUCUCACUUCGAGUCCAAGAGCCAGAAAUCCAAGAAACAGAAGGAGGAGUCUGCCAUUUCCGACUGGGAAGUGUUGUCGACCGGCGUCAAGAACGCCAUGGCCGAGCACGGACUCACCUUUGCCGUUCUGCUCUUCCUUUGGGUCUUUGGAAUGGCGCCCACCGGCCGAUUCUGGCGAUUCUACUUUCUGGGAUGUCAGGUUCUCAUUGAACUGACCAUCUACACCCGUCCCGAGGACAACCGAAUCAUCCAGGUGCUCGAGUGGUUCCACGCCUAUGGAUUCCUCAAAAAGAUCCAGCUGCCUUACCAGUUGAUUUCUGUGCUGCGAAAGAUUCUGCCCGAGUUCCUUCUUGGAGCCAUGCAGCUCUAUCUACCGCUGAUUGAGCUGUUCUUUGGACACAAGAAGGCCGACGAAAUCAGACAGACCAGCAUUGCCAAGACCGGCAAGCUCAAGCCCCAGGACAUUGAAAACGUGUCUACCCUCGUGGACCAGGUGUACUUUGAGGCCAAGAAUGCUCUGGACUGGGAACUCAUUGCUUUCCCGAGUGAGCAGAGCAGAAAGGAUGUUCGAGACCAGACCAUUCAGGAUAUGAUGGUCAUGAAGGUGGAUGAAGACCCUGAGGUGAAGGAGGCUUACCGGGAGUUGAAUGUUCCUGUCUAA